CAAAAUGCAGAGGAUGUAUAAAAAGAUUCUAAAGAGAAUGACUGAACAUUCUCCAUGUUUAAGUCCUGUACAAGACAUUAAGAAGAAAAAUAGUUUCAAUUUAAAUUCUUAAUUGCUCUUAGAAAACAUUUUCAAAGAGAGAAGCAGUUCCAAAGAUUUCAGAAUAUUUACAUGGAUUUUAGACCUGUCUGAAAGACCUUCAUGAAAACUGGUGUGCCUUGUUGGGAAAGCUGGACAAAAUUCAAAAGCUUCCACUGGAGAGAGCUGCUUAAGUGCCUGAUUGAACCAGUAGCAGGAUGUUCUCACUAGUGAGGAAACUAGCACAGAUCACACUCCUGGUGCAACUACUGCAAUGUGCACUGUUCACAAUUGCCUUGGGACAACAAGGCAUUCCCUACCCUAACACUAUCCCACGAGGAGGCAAUGAGGGGACAUGUAACUGCCUCCAGGGUCCUUCUGGCCCACAGGGACAACCAGGCAUACAUGGACCACCCGGGAUUCCAGGGAAUCCAGGCAUUCCAGGAAACCAUGGAAUGACAGGACAAAAAGGAGAAGCUGGGGACUGUGAGAAAAUAGCUGGUCUCCCAGGAGAGAAGGGUGAUAGAGGAGACCCAGGACCAAGGGGGUUUGAAGGACCCAGGGGACCAGAGGGGUUCCUUGGUAAGAAAGGCAACAUGGGAGAGAAAGGAGAGCGUGGAGGAUGGGGUAGACAAGGACAAAAAGGAGAGCAGGGACCAAUAGGACUUCCAGGAAUAAAGGGAGAGCCUGGAAACUCCAGGCCAAUACAAAAUGCACUACAGGUAGCCUUCUGUGCCAAGCUGGUCAACUCCAUCCCUGGCCCGGGGAGUGGUCAGCCCUCUAACCCCGUCAUUGUCCCCUUUGACCAAGUCUUGACCAACCUUGGGAAGGGUUAUAACUCUCGCACAGGGAUCUUCAGUGCACCAGUUAGUGGGACAUAUUUCUUUACCUUCUCUGGGUUAACCUACACAGGACAGACAAUGUUUUUGUCUUUAAUGAAGAACAAGGAGACAAUGCUGACUGCAUUUGGCACUGGAUCGUGUGGGACAUGCCAGCAUGGAAUGGGGACAAACUCUGGGAUACUGCACUUGGUGAAGGGGGAAAAAGUCUGGAUUGAACUGAAUGGAGGACUGAGGAAUGACAUCAAUGAGCAUUACACAUCAUUCUCUGGAUAUCUACUGUACCAAGAUUUAGAGGGCACUGGCUACGACUACUUAGUCAUUAAUAAUUAAGUGUGGCCGAAAUAAGAAAAUAAGCAUAGAAGAACACUUCAUUACAACUAUUACAUAAUAUGUACUACGUUACUGUUGAAAUAUUUCAACAACAGUAUCAAUUUUAUAUAAAAUAUUCAAUUUGACAAUAUGGUGUUUUAUAGUUGCUUCAUAAUUUGCUCAAUCUGUUAUUACAUCCACUGUAUUCAUGCCUUUAAAACAAAUAAAUCUGAAACUGUUGUUUUUAUAUAGCACA